GCCUGCAACCCCCGGAUGGGCAACCUGGCUCAUGGGCGGGCGCUGCGGACGGAGACGACCUGCGGGCGUGACGCCCCCGAAACCUUCUGCGCCUACGCCGAGGGCGCCCAGCGCCGCUGCGGGCGCCUGCUGUGCGGCCGCUGCAGCGGGACCCAGGCCAGCCUGGCCCAUCCGGCCGCCGCCAUGGCAGACUCGCCCUUCCGCCUGCCCCGCACCUGGUGGCAGUCGGCCGGGGACGCCCCCCGUGACACCAUCCAGCUGGACCUGGAAGCUGCCUUCUACUUCACUCACUUGAUCCUGGUCUUCAAGUCGCCCCGGCCGGCCGCCAUGGUGCUGGAGCGCUCCCAGGACUUCGGCGAGACGUGGAAGCCUUACAAAUACUUUGCUGCUAACUGCUCGGCCGCCUUUGGGCUGGAGGAUGAUGUGAGGCAGAGAGGAGCCAUUUGCACGUCCAGAUAUUCCAGUCCUUUCCCCUGCACUGGAGGAGAGGUCAUCUAUCGAGCCCUGUCACCACCUCACACCGUGGAGGACCCCUACAGUGCUGAAGCCCAGGCACAGCUGAAGAUCACCAACCUGCGGCUGCGGCUGCUGGAGCCUCAGGGCUGUCCCUGCCUCCCUGCCAGCCCUGCCCUCCGGCCCCUGCCACACCCGGUGCCCCUGCACUAUGCCAUCUACGACUUCAUCGUGAAGGGCAGCUGCUUCUGCAAUGGCCACGCUGACCACUGCAUCCCUGUGGCUGGAUUCAAGCCUGUCAAGGCAGCUGGUGUUUUCCACGUGGUCCAUGGGAAAUGCAUGUGCAAGCACAACACAGCAGGGCCCCACUGCCAGCACUGUGCCCCUCUCUACAACGACCAGCCUUGGCAGGCUGCCGACGGCAAAACCGGAGCCCCCAGGGAGUGUCGCUCAUGCAAGUGCAAUGGGCAUGCUGACAGUUGCCAUUUUGACCUGGGUGUGUGGCUGGCAUCAGGCAAUCGCAGCGGUGGCAUCUGUGACAACUGCCAGCACAACACGGAAGGGCAGCACUGCCAGCGCUGCAAGCCAGGCUUCUACCGGGACCUCAGGAAGCCCUUCUCUGCCCCAGAUGCCUGCAAACCUUGCUCCUGCCACCCGCUGGGAUCGGCCGCACUGCCCCUGGGCCCCCGAACCUUCUGUGACCCCAGCACUGGAGACUGCCCCUGCAAGCCUGGGGUGGCAGGGCCCCACUGUGACCACUGCCUGCCAGGCUACUGGGGCUUUGGGGACGAUGGCUGCCAGCCCUGCCACUGUGCCCACAGCUGCCACCCCCACACUGGAGACUGCAGCAGCUCAGACAUGACCUGGCACAGUGCAGCACCUCCCUUCCAGGCAGUGGUCAAUGAGAGUGAGCCUGCCUGGGGCUGGGAGGACGAGCAGGGCUUCUCAGCACUUCGGCACUCAGGUAAAUGUGAAUGUAAAGAGCAGGUUUUAGGGAAUCCCAAGGCCUUCUGCGGGAUGAAGUACACCUAUGUGAUCAAGACAAAGAUCUUGUCAGCUCAUGACAAAGGCUCCCAUGCAGAAGUCAAUGUGAAGAUCAAGAAAGUCUUGAAAUCUACAAAGCUGAAGAUCCUUCGGGGCAAGAGGACACUCUACCCUGAAUCAUGGACUAACAGAGGCUGCACUUGUCCCAUCCUCAACCCAGGCUUGGAGUACCUUGUGGCAGGACAUGAGGAUGUCCGAACGGGCAGGCUCGUGGUCAACAUGAAAAGCUUUGUCCAUCAGUGGAAGUCAGCUCUUGGAAGAAAGGUCCUGGAGAUUUUGAAAAGAGACUGCAAUUAGAGGUGUGCAGCUGCCUAGGGCAUUUCUUUGUGCAGGAAAGGCAACAGCCUUCACAGAGAGAAGACCUCUAGUAUGAAAACUGGAAUGUAAGCAAAUAGUGCCAAAAGGUGUAGCGAGGCACUCACAGUUGUAGGAGCUGUCUAAUCGAAUCCUUCCUGGCCAACGUUCAUUCACUUGCCUGUAGCUUCCUUGCCAGGGGCUGGCAGGAGCCUGGCUCAUCCUUAGGCUGAGGGAGAGCAAAGGAAGGGCAGAUGCUUGUCUCACUGCACUGCGAUGGCAGAGCUACUCCUGUGAAGCCACUGAUGGCCCCAGGCUACACUGCCACCCUCGGGAGGGAGAGCUGAGAAGCAGAACACCACUGCCAGUGCCACCAACGUGGAUCCUUCAGUGACCUUCAGAGGCUCCCAGAGGAUGCUGUGGGGAAGGUGACAGCCACAGCAGCAGGCAGGAGCUGGCAGCAGCCUGGCAGCGGUGACCGCUCUUUCGAAACAGCCCCUGGGGUUGGGAGCUGGCACCUGUCCAGGAGAAUUGGGUGCCAAUUGCUUUUAACCUGCUCACCCCAAUGAAGGUUUUGGGGGGCUAAAUUCCCUGCUGGUGCUGGUGAGGAGGGAGCUGCUGGAGUGAAUCAAAUCCCUCUUCCUUGGCACAAGCACGGCGCAGGGCAGGGGCCAGCUCUCCACCCACCGCAUGGCUGCAGGGAAGAGCUCCAUAGGUGGUGCAGCAUCUCUGAACUUUUGUCUUUGAAGUGUUAAAAUAUGAACCUAGCCCUAGUGUAAAUAUUUCAUUGUAUAAAGCACUUUACUGCCUGCCACUUCCCAGUGUGGGAAGUCUUGAUUGUGUUGGGGAAAGAUGAGGUUGAAGGUGGCACCUGAUACAAAACCCCUUGAAACAGAAGCACUCCUGAAGACCACCCCCCACACACACUUAGUUGGAAGGUGUGAAUGGGAUAAAGGGAAUGGCCAGCCUGGUCCUGGCCACUCAGAGUAUCUGAGGAUGCAAUCCGAAAGUUAUUUGCACUGAAGUCUCAGCUUCAGACCAGAGCUUGGACCCCCAUGGGCAGGGCUCCAGCGAGACUUCACAAACAGUCUGAGACGAAGAAGAAAAAAGAGGAAGGAAAAGAAAUAAAUAAGAAGAAGAAGAAGAAGAAGAUGAAGAUAUUUUGAGAUUAAAAAAAUAAAUAAAUGCAAUUGCCAGAGGAGAAAAACUCUGCCUGGAGGAGGAGGAGUGGAUGCUGAGAAGGGGAAGGCCUCUCAUUCAUGUAUCACAACCUAGCAAUUCACAGAGGGCCUGGAGUUUAUUUUGAGUUUGGUUUUCUGUUUGGUUUUUUUGUUAGUAUUUAAAACCUGAGCAUUUUAUUUGUUUUCUUGUGUUAUCAUUUGCAAUAUCCAUGGCCAUUAUACUUCCUCUUUAACACCAGUAUGGAAUAUAGCACAAUUUACUGCAGGUUUUCAGCACUAAAAUCUUUUUCUCUUUCCUGUAAAGUAUCUUUAAACCACAUUGCAUAGAGUGUGUUUCGUUCAUGAGCCUGAGGAGGAAUUAAAAAGGAAGAGCAGAAAUGUCACAAGUCUACCAAUCCACUUUAAGUAUGUAUUUUUUUUUCCCA